AUGGCUUUGAUGAGAAGUCUACUGGGUGCAAAGAAGAUUCUUAGAGCGGUAACAAGCAAAGGGGAAACCUCUGCGACACCAAAAGGGUUUCUUGCGGUGUACGUAGGAGAGAGUCAGAAGAAGAGAUAUGUAGUGCCAAUCUCAUACCUGAGCCAACCUUCCUUUCAAGCUCUACUCGGUAAAUCUGAAGAAGAGUUUGGGUUUGAUCAUCCAAUGGGUGGACUAACGAUUCCUUGUCCGGAAGAUACAUUUGUCAAUGUGACUUCUCGGUUCCAGUGAUGAUUACUUGACUAUCAAGUUUUGUUAUGGGAGUUAUAGAAAUCGACAUUCAUUGUAAAUAGAUGACCUUUUUCUCUCUCUUCUUCAAAUAUUUGUUCUAAAGUUUAGAAAGUGAGUGCCAUUUUUAUGCAAUAGGCACUAUCAUGUGAAUACAUUUUGGAACGAUCAUAAUACAUUUGAAGAACUUAUAACAAA